AUUUACAUCAUAAAGUUUUCAGCUCAGACUGUGAAACAUUACAAUAAUUCUGCAUUUCCUUAACAAGUAAAAGUACUCAUGUUGCAGUAAAAUGUUCCCUGUCAGUGUGUUCCUGUUCUACCUGCUGUAUUUGGAUUAAUAUUCCUGCUGCUUUUCACUGCUGUAGAUGUUUGGGCUCAUCUGAACUGCUUUCUGUGCUGUUGGCAGCUUUAAUCUCCAGCAGCGCAUCAGAUUCAAUCAGAUAAUCAUGUGUUUGGAGCCUGACUGUCCUGUGAGAACCACAGACCUCUGAACAGUUUCCUCACCUCACAAAGUCAGCCUGUUUUCAGCUCUGUGAAGAUGCAGCUUCCACCUCAACCAGGAGGCUUUUUCCACAGUUUAUUCAGCUGAAGAUGGAGGAGAAAUCAUCCUUUAAUCCUUCACUGUUGGUUGUAGUUAAAGACGUUUUCGUUUCUCCUGGCGUUUCUGUCUCGGCUGUUGUUGUUUGAUAUGCCGUCAUUUUAAGAUGUGUGCGUCUGUUCAGCUUGUUUCUGAUGUUGUGCUGUGAGAGUAAUUAAAAUAAACCAGGAGGAGGAGGGACAGUGUUCAUCCUGACUGAGUCACUUGUGAGAGUUAAACAGCUGAUUGAGAGGACCCUGUGGAAACCCCAAAGGCUUCACUUUUCACUGCUGUUGAUACUUCAGCUCAGUGCGACCUUCACAGCAGCUCAUGUCAGCCAUAAGUGAAGGAGGAAGCUGAGAGCUGAUGUGCUCUGCCUUCAUUAAAGCAACAGUUGUGAGUGAAAAGAAGGAUGACAGUCACUGUGAGGAGGUCACUCUUUAUUAUUACAGGAAGUUGACGCAACAUUUUUCUGUAAGAAGCUGGAGUGUAGAGACUCACAAGUCGAGGAAGCAGAGAGAAAAGAGACACGAUGGCUGGAUUCAGAUGGGGUUGUCACGUCCUGGUUUACUGCCUGUUGAUUUUUGGUCCAUGUGUCAUGUUUCAUGUGUGUUUUCGUGUGUUAUGUUCAAGGUUUUUGUCAUGUCCUGUUUUAUUUUGAAAGCGUCACUUCCCCUGUGUGUCUCUGUUUUCUGUAGCUUUGCUUUUGUUUAACCUGAUUUCUUUCUCCUCCGUUGAUGUGUCUCACCUGAUGUGUCUUGUUAUCUCGUCUAUUUAGUCCUCGUCUUCCCCGUCGCUGGUGUCAGUGCGUUAUAUUGUCUUUUGUCCCAUGCCAGGAUUUGUAUCGUCUCCAUGCUUUUUAUGCCAGAAAACUCUUGACUCGUCUUGUUGUACUUUUUGUUGAUCCUUGCCCCACAGCAGCAGCGACCCGACAGCUUGUCCUCCACUUCACUGUCAGAGAUGGAGAUCAAGUCAGUUUGCCGUGUAAUAAUAUGAUCGACGGUCAGCAGGAAUGUGACAGCACAACAUGGCUCUUCAAUGGUUUAAGACGAGACACAGGAACAGUAGAGCUGAUUACCCACGGACAGAUUGGUGAACAGGCCAAAACCAAAUCAGACAGACUGAGUGUCACAAAGAACUGUUCUCUGGUUAUAAAGAAGGUCUCAGCUGAGGAUGCUGGUCGUUACACCUGCAGACAGUUUGACAAAUCAGGACAACAACAAGGUCCAGACUCUGAUGUUUAUCUGUCUGUGGUCACCACAGCAGCGACCCGACAGCUUGUCCUCCACUUCACUGUCAGAGAUGGAGAUCAAGUCAGUUUGCCGUGUAAUAAUAUGAUCGACGGUCAGCAGGAAUGUGACAGCACAACAUGGCUCUUCAAUGGUUUAAGACGAGACACAGCAGCAGAAGAGCUGAUUACCCUCGGACAGAUUGGUGAACAGGCCAAAACCAAAUCAGACAGACUGAGUGUCACAAAGAACUGUUCUCUGGUUAUAAAGAAGGUCUCAGCUGAGGAUGUUGGUCGUUACACCUGCAGACAGUUUGACAAAUCAGGACAACAACAAGGUCCAGACUCUCUGGUUUAUCUGUCUGUGGUCACCAUGACUGAACGUGAGGACGCUGAUGAGGUGACAUUAAACUGCUCUGUGUGGACACGUGGACGAUGUGGACACACAGUGAAGUGGCUGUUUAAUAUAAUUGAUGUGGAUAAAGAAAACCACCAAGUGAAGACAUCACAGUCUUCCUGCUCUGCCUCUCUGACGGGUCUGAGUUCACAUUUCAUUUAUGAGUCGAGGUUUGACUUGUUGAAGUGUGAAGUGACUGAUGGGGACAAAGUUCAGUUUCUCUUCAGUCCUCGGCCCUCAGGUGAGAAACCAGGUGAGGACACAACAACAACAACAACAACAACAACAACAACAACAACAACAACAACAACAACAACCAAUGAUAUUACAGCAGGACCACCAAACAGCUGGUGGUUGUACGUCCUUGUGGCUGUGGCUUUGCUCGCACUUUUAAUAAUUGUUGUGAAAGUCAUCAGAUGGAGGAGAAGUAAAGGGAGCCAAACUGGAAUGAAGGAUGACGUUGGACUGACCUCAAACCCUGCAGGGACUCAGUCUGCUCCAGAACCCAGUCAGGACACAGCUGAUCCUGAAGACGGAGUUUCCUACGCCUCCAUCAGCCACAACAAGAAUCCCAACAGGAAAGACUGGGUUCGGAGUAAAAAUGAUGACGAUGAUGUGGUGACCUACACAACCGUGAAAGCUUCCUCCACUGAUUUCAGCAACCUUUACGCUACUAUAAACUAACCAAACAAAGCAGUCUAAUGUCAUCAGAUCUUUACUUAUCUCUGUUAAUAUUUUAAUGAUCACCAUCAGAUUAUAUUAUUGCAACAAGCUUCUUAUGGAGCGUGUACGGUAUAAAAGUAAAGCAGAUAUUGUGUCAUAUGCAGGGCAUUUUGCUUACAAGCUUGCUGUUGUGCACUUUAUUGUUCUCAGUGGCAGAUGGGCUAAAAUAUUAUUAAAUAAAUAUAACAA